UGAAAGAGAGGGGCCAACACUUCAGAUCGGAGGCGCAGCGGUGCAGGACAGUUCAGCAGAGCAGAGAGGAGAGGAGUGCGGGAGAGACGGUGGCCGUCCGUCAACCAGCUGGGGGAACACACACUAACAAACCCUUAUGGCUGCUUGAGAAAUAACGAUACACCCCCCCUCCCCCUUUUUUCUCUGGAACUUUUUUUUUGGCUUUUAGUUUUUGUCCUGAACAGAAGUUGUUGCAAGUCUAAUUAGUUGCUCCAAGUUGAAAAAGUGAAUCCACUUUUGCCGUGGACGUCUCUGGCGGUCAUGGAUACCCAUAUAAGAUGGAAAGUUAAACGGAGGAUAAGGGACGCCUCAAUCACUUUAUUGAUUCUCCUUUUUGUCACGUCGCAAGCAAGUUCAGCGGAACCAGCAGACCUCUUGAAGAUUUUAGAUUUUCACAGUUUACCUGAGGGUGUUACGAGAACAACGGGUUUGUGCUCACAUAGAAGGUCUUCACAAGGACCCGAUGUGGCUUACAGAGUAUCCAAAGAUGCCCAGCUCAGUGCCCCCACCAAACAGCUGUAUACAGGUGAUGUCUUCCCUGAGGACUUUUCCAUCUUGGCCACAGUGAAGCCUAAGAAGGGCAGCCAGUCCUUCCUGUUGUCUAUGUACAAUGAACAGGGCAUCCAGCAGCUUGGUCUAGAAGUGGGCCGCUCUCCAGUCUUCCUGUAUGAGGACCACACAGGCAAACCAAGCCCCGAGGACUACCCCCUCUUCAGAGGAGUCAACCUAGCUGACGGAAAGUGGCAUCGAGUGGCCAUCAGCGUGCACAAGCAGACCAUCACCCUCAUUCUGGACUGUAAAAAGAAGACCACACAGAAGUUACUCCGAAGCCCCCAUCCAAUCAUUGAUACCAAAGGAAUUAUAGUGUUUGGAACUAGAAUACUUGAUGAAGAAGUCUUUGAGGGAGACAUCCAGCAGCUAAUGAUUGUAGCAGACCAUCGCGCUGCCUAUGACUACUGUGAGCACUACAGCCCUGAUUGUGAAGUGCCAUCUCCUGACCAGCCACAGAACCAGGACCCCAGCACAGACAAAUCUAACAAAGAGGGGGACAGCUACUACUACGAAUACCCUUACUACGAUGAUUUGGACCGGCCUUAUGACAUAACUUUUGAUUCUGAGACUACCACAACAGAAGCUGAGGUGACAGAUGUGGACAGUACGGUCACAGUGGGUGAGACUGUGAAAGGCAGUGCUCCUGGCGCCGACCGAAUCUCCACUUCUUUCUCCACCAGCUCAUCCUCUCACUCAUCCAGCAGCUCUUCAAGUACUGCCACUGGAGGAGGAGAUGGUGAUUACACAUCAGAGACCGGUUACGAAGGCUACGAUGACUACGGUAACUACGACAGCUACUACGAGGAGUCCACAGCUGCACCUACAGUGACAAUCUCCCACAACAAAACAUCGGCAGGAACCACCUAUGAUGAAUUUGGCGGUGGAGGUGGAGGCAGCAGCAGCAGCAGCAGCAGCAGUACACUAACUAUUGGAGGUGGAGGCAGCAGGAGUACACUAACCAUUGGAGGUGGAGGUGGAGGCAGCAGCAGCAGCAGCAGUACACUAACUAUUGGAGGUGGAGGCAGCAGCAGUACACUAACCAUUGGAGGUGGAGGUGGAGGCAGCAGCAGCAGCAGCAGCAGCAGCAGCAGCAGCAGCAGCAGCAGUACACUAACUAUUGGAGGUGGAGGCAGCAGCAGUAGUAGCACUACUCUGCACGUCAGUGGUGGAGGUAGCAGCAGCAGUAGUUCUUCCGUCGCCAUUGGGGGUGGAGGAGGUUCUGCAUCUGUGGGAGUAUCUUCCACGUCUGGAGGUGGUUCGGCAAGCGCCGGCACCGGAAACCGCGGGUCCAUCGCCACCGGGACUGGCCUGGGUCUGGAGGGCGAGGGCGAUUACACAGAUCUGGACGGGUUCAAGGAGGAGCAACUCAGCAGCUACGAUGACAUAGAUGACAUAGAUGACAUAGAUUACAACGUGGAUUACGGCGACAUUAACAAACUGCUGCCUGCUGAGACGGAUGAGUAUUAUGGACAGGUUGACGGAGCUCGUGGUGAGAAAGGACAGAAGGGAGAGCCUGCUGUUAUUGAGCCUGGAAUGUUAGUGGAGGGUCCGUCUGGGCCUGAAGGGCCAACAGGUCUCCCUGGACCCCCAGGUGCUUCUGGCCCACCAGGCAGUCCUGGAGAUUCUGGAGAGAGGGGUCCUCCAGGUCGCCCUGGACUUCCUGGUGCUGAUGGCCUGCCAGGACCCCCUGGAACUGUCCUGAUGCUGCCUUUCAGAUUCAGCGCUGGAGGUGACUCUGGGCAGAAGGGACCUGCUGUAUCAGCACAGGAGGCCCAGAUGCAAGCCAUCAUGCAGCAGGCUAGGCUGGCUAUGCGCGGCCCUACAGGGCCAAUGGGUUUGACUGGCAGACCUGGUCCUCUGGGUCCUCCUGGUGUACCAGGACUGAAGGGGGAGUCUGGAGAGUCCGGACCUCAGGGACCACGUGGACCGAUGGGAAGCCCUGGACCCUCUGGAAAGCCUGGUAGAAGAGGUCGUUCUGGAGCCGAUGGUGCCAGGGGCAUGCCAGGACAGACUGGACCAAAGGGAGACAGAGGAUUUGAUGGUCUGGCUGGACUUCCUGGUGAAAAAGGACACAGAGGUGAACCUGGCCCCCAAGGACCACCCGGUUCUCCUGGAGAGGAUGGAGAGAGGGGAGAUGAUGGAGAGAUCGGACCCAGGGGACUUCCCGGUGAACCAGGGCCUCGGGGUUUGCUGGGACCAAAAGGACCUCAGGGACCUCCUGGACCACCUGGUGUGACUGGAAUGGAUGGCCAUCCCGGACCAAAGGGAAACAUAGGACCUCAAGGAGAGCCAGGACCUCCCGGACAGCAAGGCAACCCAGGAGCCCAGGGACUGCCAGGACCUCAAGGAGCCAUUGGACCUCCAGGAGAGAAGGGCCCGACCGGAAAGCCAGGCUUGCCAGGAAUGCCAGGAGCUGAUGGUCCACCGGGUCACCCUGGAAAAGAGGGGCCUUCUGGAGAGAAAGGCCACAUGGGCCCUCCUGGCCCUCAAGGACCUAUCGGUUAUCCUGGGCCUCGAGGCGUGAAGGGAGCUGACGGCGUACGCGGCCUUAAAGGAAACAAGGGUGAAAAGGGUGAAGACGGCUUCCCCGGCUUCAAGGGAGAUAUGGGUGUCAAAGGCGACAGGGGAGAACUUGGACCAGCAGGACCGAGAGGAGAAGAUGGCCCAGAGGGGCCAAAGGGUCGCUCAGGGCUACCCGGAGAUCCUGGUCCUCUUGGCCCAGGUGGUGAGAAGGGUAAACUUGGAGUUCCUGGAUUGCCAGGAUACCCAGGAAGACAAGGACCAAAGGGAUCUCAGGGUUUCCAAGGUUUCCCUGGUGCCAAUGGAGAGAAAGGAACUCGGGGAACAGCAGGAAAGCCAGGCCCACGCGGACAGCGAGGACCAACGGGGCCUCGGGGAGAGAGAGGGCCGAGAGGACCAACGGGAAAAGCUGGUCCAAAGGGUAACUCAGGGAAUGACGGCCCACCAGGACCUCCCGGUGAGAGGGGUUUGCCUGGGCCUCAGGGACCAACAGGUUUCCCAGGACCAAAGGGCCCCCCUGGACCUGCAGGGAAAGACGGACUGCCAGGACAUCCUGGACAGAGAGGAGAGACUGGAUUCCAAGGCAAAACAGGCCCUCCUGGUCCUCCAGGUGUGGUUGGACCUCAGGGCCCGACAGGUGAAACUGGACCAAUGGGUGAUCGGGGCCACCCUGGACCCCCAGGCCCACCUGGUGAGCAAGGUCUACCUGGAGCUGCAGGGAAAGAAGGAGCCAAGGGUGACCCUGGCCCUGCUGGCCCAUCUGGUAAAGAUGGCCCUCCUGGGCCAAGAGGUUUCCCGGGAGAGAGAGGUCUGCCUGGUCCUGUGGGGGCUCAUGGCCUGAAAGGGAACGAGGGUCCUCCUGGCCCACCUGGCCCUGCUGGUUCUCCUGGUGAACGUGGUCCGGCAGGGCCAGCGGGACCUACAGGUCUCCCUGGACGUUCUGGCCCCCAGGGACCUCCAGGCCCUGCUGGAGAGAAAGGUGGACCGGGAGAGAAAGGACCUCAAGGCCCAGCUGGAAGAGAUGGUAUUCAGGGACCUGUUGGUCUGCCAGGGCCUGGAGGACCUCCUGGCCCGCCUGGAGAGGACGGAGACAAGGGAGAGCUUGGAGAGCCAGGCCAGAAAGGAAGUAAGGGUGACAAAGGAGAACAUGGUCCACCUGGUCCUACUGGCCCUCAAGGACCCGUUGGAGCACCGGGUCCUGCUGGUGUAGAUGGUGAGCCUGGUCCCAGAGGUCAGCAGGGUAUGUUUGGCCAGAAGGGAGAUGAAGGAUCCAGAGGAUUCCCUGGACCUCCAGGCCCAGUUGGUCUGCAGGGCUUACCUGGUCCACCUGGUGAGAAAGGUGAAACUGGAGAUGUUGGUCAAAUGGGUCCACCAGGCCCCCCUGGUCCCAGAGGUCCCUCAGGACCCCCAGGAGCCGAUGGUCCUCAGGGACCUCCUGGUGGUAUUGGAAACCCCGGUGCUGUUGGAGAAAAGGGAGAUACCGGUGAAACGGGAGAGCCAGGGCCCCAGGGAGAAGUUGGCCCACCAGGUCCAAGAGGAGAGCGAGGAGAAAAAGGAGAGGCUGGUCCGGCUGGUGCUGCCGGACCUCCUGGCCCGAAAGGACCCCCUGGAGACGAUGGUCCAAAAGGCAGCCCAGGUCCAAGUGGUUUCCCUGGUGACCCUGGUCCCCCUGGAGAGCCUGGUCCAGCUGGCUUAGAUGGUCCACCUGGUGAUAAGGGAGAUGAUGGAGAGGCCGGGCAGCCUGGUUCACCUGGACCCACUGGAGAAUCUGGUCCUGCUGGACCACCAGGAAAGAGAGGGCCUCCUGGACCUGCAGGACCCGAGGGAAGACAAGGAGAGAAAGGAGCCAAGGGAGAGUCUGGAUUAGAAGGUCCCCCAGGAAAAACAGGUCCAGUUGGUCCUCAAGGAUCACCUGGCAAGCCAGGUUCUGAAGGUCUCAGGGGGAUCCCUGGUGCAGUUGGAGAACAAGGUCUACCUGGUGCCCCAGGCCCAGAUGGACCUCCUGGACCUAUGGGACCACCAGGCUUACCUGGUUUGAAAGGAGACUCUGGUGUCAAAGGAGAAAAGGGCCAUCCAGGUCUUAUUGGUCUAAUUGGACCACCAGGUGACCAGGGAGAGAAAGGUGACAGAGGCCUUCCUGGUCCUCCAGGAUCGUCUGGUCCCAAAGGAGACACUGGUAUUGCUGGUCCUGCUGGUCCACUGGGUCCCCUUGGCCCUCCUGGGUUACCUGGUCCACCAGGUCCUAAAGGAGCUAAAGGCUCAUCGGGUCAAACUGGACCAAAAGGAGAAACUGGUACACCUGGACCUCCCGGCCCUCCUGGCCCUCCUGGUGAUGUCAUCCACCCACUCCCCAUCCAGGCUCCCAUUAAGGGCAGAUCACGCAGGAACAUUGAUGCCAGCCAGAUGGUGGAUGAUGCAGCUGUGGAUGCCAACUAUAAGGACUAUGAUGACGGCAUGGAGGAAAUCUUUGGCUCGCUUAACUCCCUUAAGCUGGAGAUCGAGCAGAUGAAGCACCCACUGGGCACACAGGGCAACCCUGCGCGUACCUGCAAGGACCUGCAGCUCUGCCACCCUGAUUUCCCUGAUGGUGAGUACUGGAUUGAUCCAAACCAGGGCUGCUCUCGGGACUCCUUCAAGGUUUACUGCAACUUCACAGCAGGUGGAGAGAGCUGCAUCUUCCCAGAUAAGAAGUCUGGAGGGGCUAGGCUCACAUCCUGGGUAAAGGAGAAUCCCGGUUCCUGGUUCAGUGAAUUCAAACGUGGUAAACUGCUUUCCUAUGCGGAUGCAGAGGGCAAUCCUAUCGGCGUGGUUCAGAUGACUUUCUUGCGAUUGCUGAGCGCAGCAGCCAGGCAGAACAUGACGUACAACUGCUACCAUUCAGUGGCAUGGCACAACCAGGAGCAGGACAACUAUGACAAGGCCAUCCGCUUCCUGGGCUCCAACGAUGAGGAGAUGUCUUAUGACAACAACCCCUACAUCCGCGCCUUGGUUGAUGGCUGUGCGUUGAAAAAGGGCUAUGAAAAGACAGUACUUGAGAUCAACACACCAAAGGUGGAACAGGUGCCAUUUGUGGACAUCAUGUUCAACGACUUUGGCGGUUCCACGCAGAAGUUCGGAUUCGAAGUGGGGCCCGUCUGUUUCAUCGGCUAAGACUUUUUACAGAACAAAUGGAGAAAAAAAAAAGCAUAUUUUUGUUUUCUCAGAAACAAUUGAAAAAAAAUAGGACAAUUCUAUUUGUUAAAAAGUUACUGUUUUUUUCCCAUAAAGCAACAAGUAUAAGCAAAAACGAAAUCAAGUUGAGAAUGCAGAGAAAUUCUAUAGGAAACAGAGGAAAUAACCUUGAAACCUCAGUGUGCCUUCUCCAUCACAUGCAAGUUUUGAAACUGGAUGUCAGAUCCUCCUUCCUAUACAGUACACUCACACACAAAAACCUAGCCCCCAUGUCACCACGCUUUUGUUCCAAACAACGAAGGCGACCUUGAGAGCUGCAGCCGUUCCAGACGGUCGCGCUAUUUGCCUUGGACUCCAUUUGAUUUGGCUCUUUUCUUUGCUUUUAGUUUUGAUCUCAUGUUUUCCUUCAUCUCACUGGCUUCAUCUGUUCUCAGUUCGUCUGCUCAUUUCACUACGGGAGCUUUGUUUGUGCAUAAUUGUCUCCCCAUUCUCUUGGAAUGGGCCAUAUAUAUAUAUAAAUAUAUAUAAAUGAUUUUUAUGUUUGUAAGUACAUUCUGUAUAUUUUUUUUUUCUGGGUACCUUUUAAUUGCUUCUGGCUUCAAAACAUGCAUGUGACUUUAUUAUUUGUGAGGUAGGAGACCGUGGAUCACAUCAGAAAUUGUAGAAAAAGUGAGAGAAUUCGACUUGUAAAUCAAAAGGCAAAAAAAAACAUGGUAAGUCCUUGUCUUGUUGCAACUGUGGAGCGACCGUCUUGUUGUAAUUUAAGAGCAAAAUGGAAAUAAAAGACGAAAACAAGCUCUGUGAUAUUAUGUGACAGUUGAUUUGCAGACAGAAAAGAAGAAGAAUACAUUCCUCCGUUUGUGUCCUCUGAACAGAACACCUGCAUUUGGUGGCAAUAUCCUUAACUUAAUAAACAGCUUCUGUAUGUUUCCUGAAAUCUGACUAUGCAGUGGGAGAUGAUGAUGUCACAUUGUAAUGAAAACACAAAGAAAUCAAAACCUAGGUGCUAUUUUCUCUCUCUUCUGUGGUGCUAUGUAUUUUUCUAGUUUGUGUUUGAAUUAUGGAAAAAUUUGUGCUGAGAAUACUCCAUCACCGGCAGCCCCUUUGACUCGCUUUGCUGCGUCCACUUCCUGUUUUUACUGCAGUGGUGGUUUAUGCAUGCCGCUGUUUUUUUUUUUUUUAUUGUUUUUAUUUUAUUCCCAUAGACCCACCCACCUGUAGCCACUCUCAGAUCAGUGCAGCAUGGUGCCAUAUGUUAUCUCCUGCUUCAGCGGACCACGCAGAUAAGAAAUGUGUCUGUAUUAAAUGUUGGAAAUGAUGAGAGGAAUCUAAGAUGGUGCUGUUGGCUUUACGUAUCAAUGCUCUGUGACGCUGCAUUUUUUUUUUUUUGGUAAGAUCAUCUGUGCCACGUCAGACUGAUAGAGUUGCAAAGUGGACAUCCUGUGAUUGGGCCAAAUGGAUAUGGCACAAAUUAAGGUCCUUCCACCAAAGUUUUUCAAACAUAGAUUUAGUUUUAAGUGGUUUGAAUUUUUUUUAUUUUAUUUUUUUGGAGAGACUUCUUCUUGAUUAGCCAGAUGGAAAAGUUUGUCCAUGCAGCGUCAAAACUUGCUUAUUGGUCUUAUUAUCUUUGCCCUUAUUGCAGUAAUGCUCUCUGUUCAAACUAUGCACUCUUUAUGCUUAUGACCACUAGUAUCUACCACAGAAUUUUUACAGCUCUUCAUACAUACGCUUUUUUUUUUUGGCUUCCUUUUUUUUUUUUUUUUUUUUUAAUCUUUAAAUAUGUGACUUGAAUCUUUUCUUUUAAGUCAAUAUGCUUGUAGAUCGUUGGCUUUAUCUUUCAUUGUGAUGCAGUACAUCCAAAAUUUAACACUCUGCUCUCAAUAAACAAAAAAAAAA